GUCCGCCGCCAACACGGCGGAGGUCCGCCGCCGCCGCUACCGCCUCCGCCCUCUUCCUUUUUCCUCCUCCUCCUCCCGACCCCUCUUCCGCAUGCCGCUGCCCAACCGGCAUCCGCUCCGCCGAGCGACGAAUCCUCCUCUUCCACCCCGGCCUUCGACGACACCUUCAACCCGAUCUCCCUCAUGUUCAUCAUCGUCGUCUUCCUCUUCUUCCUCUCUGCCUACUCCGCCUUCAUCCGCCGCUGCUCCCCCGCCCCCGAGGGCUCCAUCUCCGUUCCCUUGGUCCGCCGCCUAGCUGCCCCUCGCGGCCUCGACCCCGCCAUCGUCGAGAGCUUCCCGACCGUCGUCUACUCCGCCGUGAAGGGGCACAAGACCGGCGAGGCGUCGCUGGAGUGUGCGGUGUGCCUGAACGACUUCGAGGACGAGGACGUGCUCCGCCUGAUCCCCAAGUGCGACCAUGCCUUCCACCCCGACUGCAUCGGCGCGUGGCUCGACUCCCACACCACCUGCCCCGUCUGCCGCGCUGAGCUCGCAUCGCAGCCGGCCGGCAACUCUGAAAGUCAACAAGCUGAGUCGGGCACCGAGCCGCCGCGGGUUGAGGUGAUGGUCGAGGUGGCUCCGCCGGAUGCCGGCGCACCUGAGAGGAGUCAGCGAGGAGGAGAACGAGAGGGAAUCCAGCCGCCCUAUCUAUGGGACAAGAACGAGUGCGGCAGCUUCAAUAAUCGCAAUCGUGCACUUGGCUCGAGCCGGAUGCAAAGAUUUUCCCGCUCGCACUCGACCGGGCACUCGCUGAUCCGACCAGGUGAGGACAAUGACCGUUUCAUGCUGAGGCUGCCGGCCGAGGUGAGGAAGCAACUGAUGGACCGGGCCAGGCCGGACCGGCCCCAGGAAGGUAGCUCGAGGCGAGGGUACUGGCGUGGAGGCGAAGGGAGCAGCCGAGGGAGGUACUUCGGGAGGCCAGACCGGCUGGACCGGGCGGCUAAGCCGGAGAGGCGGGCUUUCUUUGUGCGCGUGCCGUCGGCCCUCUCGCCUAGAGUGGCUGCCGACGGCAAUGGAGGUUCAGCGCAACAGGCUCGACCGGCCAUUUAG